AUGAGACAAUUGCUGAGUACUACUCCAAGAGCAGGUGUUAACGACGGGAAACUGCCGGUUAAAGCCAUCACCGGCUCCAAGCACUCUGGAAUUACCAAGCAGGCCAAGCAGGCCAAGCAGGCCAAGCAGGUCAAGCAGGCCAAGCCGGCCAAGCAGGUCAAGCAGGCCAAGCAGGCCAAGCAGGUCAAGCAGGCCAAGCAGGUCAAGCAGGCCAAGCCGGCCAAGCAGGUCAAGCAGGCCAAGCAGGUCAAGCAGGCCAAGCCGGCCAAGCAGGUCAAGCAGGCCAAGCAGGCCAAGCAGGCCAAGCAGGCCAAGCAGGCCAAGCAGGCCAAGCAGGCCAAGCAGGCCAAGCAGGCCAAGCAGGCCAAGCAGGCCAAGCAGGUCAAGCCGGCCAAGCAGGGUUUAACAUGA